AUGCUGAAGGACAUAAAGGUGGAGGAGCGACUCAGGACGGAGGACGGCUUUCUGCACGACACCAGCGGUGAGUCCGUUUACCUCAGAGCGCCGGUUCUCAACCCGUGGGUCGGGACCCGAAGCUCGUGCUCCCCCCGUCAGCAGCAGCACCACGCGGUGUGUUCUGGGUGCACGCGGAUCAUCUCUGACCGCUUCCUGCUGCGGGUCAAUGACGCCUCCUGGCACGAGCAGUGUCUGCAGUGCUGCGCGUGCCAGCAGCAGCUCACCUCCACCUGCUACUGCAGAGACUCAAAGGUGUACUGUCGAGAGGACUACCGGAGGCUGUUUUCCAGGAAGUGCAGCGGCUGUCUGGAGAAGAUCGCUCCCACAGAGAUGGUGAUCCGGGCUCUGGAGAGCGUCUACCACCUGGGCUGCUUCUGCUGCUGCGUCUGCGAGCGUCAGCUGCUCAAAGGAGACGAGUUCAUCCUGAGAGACGGCCAGCUGAUGUGUAAGAGCGACUACGAGAGGGAGAAGGAUCUGCUCAGCACGGCCAGCCUCGACUGCUCCGACUCUGAUAAGAGUGAUGAUGAGGAUGUGGACGUGAAGUCUGAUAAAGGACCCUCAGCGGGAAAAGGCAGCGAUGACGGCAAAGACCCCCGCAGACCCAAACGGCCCCGGACCAUCCUGACCACCCAGCAGAGGAGGGCCUUCAAGGCCUCCUUUGAGGUCUCGUCCAAACCCUGCAGGAAGGUCAGAGAGACUCUGGCUGCAGAGACCGGUCUCAGUGUUCGGGUGGUCCAGGUCUGGUUCCAGAACCAGAGGGCAAAGAUGAAGAAGUUAGCGCGCAGACAGCAGCAGCAGCAGGAGCAGCACAGCAACCAGAGGCUGGCUCCAGACUUGCUGUCCGGCUGUAUGGAGGGUCUGCUCAGCUCCUACUCUGGACCCCUCCCUCUUAACCAGCAGCACUUAGUCACCGUCGAACACAACGGCUACACCGCAGACCCCUUCCAGCAGGGCCUGACCCCCCCACAGAUGCCCGGAGACCACAUGAACCCCUACGGAAGUGACUCGAUCUUCCACGACAUCGACAGCGACACGUCUCUGACGAGUCUCAGCGACUGCUUCAUGACCACGCCUGACGUGAACUCUCUGCAGGGGAACCCCAUCGACCGCCUCUACUCCAUGCAGAGCUCCUACUUCGCCUCCUGAGACCCUCCUCAUCCCCACAGACCCCCCCCAACCCCCCCACCCCCCAUAUUUACUACCAAGCCAUAGACAGAAGAACUGUGCAGGAACAGGACACUCCAGACUCUCAGGAUUCUCCUGCAAGACCAGAAUCAGGGUUAAAAAAGGACACGGGCCUGCAGGAAUCCAGGAUCAACAGACGACCUCCAGCAGCCAAAGGAACGGACUCAGCUGAGCCUGAAGGUUCAGGUUUAGAGUGUCAGUGUUCACAUCUGUACAGAAAUCUCACUCAGAUCUUUAUUUGUGUUUUAGAAGAAAACUGAAAGUUCAGGGUUGAAAUGAUUUAGACCAAGUUAGAGAGUCUGAGGAACAUUUGGUCACGUGACAAAGAUUCAUUUGUUUAUGCUGUGUUCAUGUGGACUUGAGCUUCCUGGUUUGGACUGUCUUUUUUUAGUAUCCAGUUUUGUGUUUGAGAGUCCUCAGGAAGGGUCUGGGCUCAGUCUCAGGGGCAGGAUGAGGAGCUGCUGCUCCUUCAUGUGGAAAGGAACCAGCUGAGGAGGUUCAGGUAUCUGAUCAGGGUUCCUCCUGGGACUCACUGUGGAGGUCUUCCAGGCGCGUCCAACUGGGACGAGACCCCAGGCAGACCCGGGACUCGGAGAUGGGUGGAUGGAUGAAAGGUGGACAGGUGUGAGACCUGGUGACCUCUGACCCUGAGAGGUCAGGAGGAGAUGGAGUACGAUCGAAACCAGGAUAGUCAAGUCCACGUGAAGACCCUCUUUGUUGUAAGAUAUUUUUUUAGUGGGAUGGUUCAUCAGUUUUCUCUUAUUGAAAUAUUUUCUCUGGGGAACACAGGCAUCGCUUCCUGUGUAAAAACCAACCAGGCCGUUUAUUUAUUUCUCUGAUCAAUAAAUCCAAAACUUCUAUUUAAAGCACAAAAUGACCCCAUCAUGAUGUUCAAACACCUUCAUUUGUUUUAUUUAACACUUUUUUGUUAUUUCAUUGUGUAAAUAAUCAGCAUUUAUU